CCAACCCCGAUCACUACUACAUGCUGCCCUGAUACAUGGCUGUUGUUGACUCCUAUAGCAUCUUACCAUAGGAAUGUACAGCCAUGUGUUAGUCAGGGUAAUACCACCCAGUGACAUCCUGGUGCCCCAGCCACUGUCUACUGUAUGUGUGACUGUUAAUCAACCAGUAUACAACUCUAACCCCACUACCACAGAUACCACAGAUACAUUUAAACGGAAAGCUGACGUCCUAUCUUCCUGUCCUGUCUCUCCGCUCCAAUCAGCCAAUCCCAACGAGGAGCUGCGGUUGACCUUCCCGGUCCGGGACGGUGUGGUAUUGGAACCUUUCCGGUUGGAACACAACCUCGCCGUCAGUAAUCACGUCUACCACCUGCGACCGUCGGUACAUCAGACCCUCAUGUGGAGAAUGUUGAUGGCGUCACGUUAGGCUAGAGGACAGGAAGCAGUCAUCAAGAUGAACGCGUUGCCGUCAAUGGAUCGGCACAUCCAGCAGACCAACGACAGGCUGCUGUGUAUCAAACAGCACUUACAGAACCCGGCCAACUUCCACACGGCAGCGACAGAGCUGCUGGACUGGUGCGGAGACCCCCGAGCCUUCCAGAGACCUUUCGAACAAAGCCUCAUGGGAUGCCUAACGGUGGUGAGUCGUGUGGCAGCCCAACAAGGCUUUGACCUGGACCUAGGCUACAGGCUUCUGGCUGUUUGUGCAGCUAACAGAGACAAAUUCACGCCCAAGUCAGCAGCCCUGCUGUCAUCGUGGUGCGAGGAGCUGGGUCGCCUCCUGCUGUUGCGUCACCAGAAGAGCAGACAGAAUGAGCCUCCGCAGGGCAAAGUCCCCAUGCAGCCCAACAUGAACACCAUGAAACCCCCUGGAGGACUCUCACACGGUGAUGGGUCAUUUACCUACGACUCGGUUCCAUGGCAACAGAACAACAACCAGCCCCCAGGGUCAUUGUCUGUGGUUACCACCGUGUGGGGUGUGACCAACACGUCACAGAGUCAGGUGUUGGCCAACAGCUCCAGCCAUAUGAACCCAGGAGGUAACCCCAUGGGUCAGGGUAUGUCUGGGGGUCCGGCAGGCCUCAACUCCCCCCAGUUCUCCAGCCAGCAGCAGCAGUUCCCGGCCAAGGGAGGCCAGGGCUACAUGCAGCAGGGGAUGUAUGGCAGGCAGGGAUAUCCCAGUGGAGGGGGCUACAGCGGGAGUUACCCAGGUGGUCCUAACACUCCCCCAGGGGGGAUGGGCAUGCCCCAACACUCCCGCCAGCCUGGCGACUUCACCCAACCAGCCGCUGCCGCUGCUGCUGCCGCUGUCGCUGCGGCCGCUGCUACGGCAACCGCCACGGCAACCGCUACCGUGGCAGCCAUGCAGCAAGAGACCCAGAACAAAGAGAUGAACCAGUAUGGACAGAUGUGUUCCUCCUUCCAGAUGGGCCCAACUCAGGCCUACAACAACCAGUUCAUGAACCAGCCCGGCCCCAGAGGGCCCCCUGGAGGCAUGAACCCAGGCAGCAUGGGCCAGGCCAUGAACAACCCCAGCAUGGGUGGGCCUCCCAUGGGCAUGAACCAAACUCGAGCCCCAGCCAUGGGGCCUUUUGGGGCUCACGGCCAGAGGAUGUCCCAGCAGGGCUACGGAGGACCUGGAGGCCCCAGACAGGCCAUGCCUAUGCAGGGAAUGAAGAGGCCCUAUCCUGGAGAGCCAAACUACGGGGGUCAGCAGUAUGGUCCUAAUGGUCAGUUCCCUCCCCAGCAGAGUCAGUACCCCACCUCUAACCCCUGCAGGCCGAUGCCCUCUCCGAACUACUCAGGCCAGAGGAUGCCUGGGGUGCAGGGGCCAGGCCAGUACCACCCGCAAGGCAUGCCCAUGGGACAGUACUAUAAGCAAGAGCCAUUCAAUGGUCAGAACAGCAACUUCUCUGGUGGUGUAUACUCAUAUAGUCAAGGCAACGGGGCCCCCAGGCCAGGUAACUACCCCCACUCCCCGGUGCCUGGUAAUCCCACACCUCCCAUGACCCCCGGAAGCAGUAUGCCUCCGUACCUCUCGCCCAACCCGGAUGUCAAGCCGCCGUUCCCGCCAGACAUGAAACCAAAUAUGACAGCGCUUCCACCUCCCACCAAUCCCAACGAGGAGCUGCGGUUGACCUUCCCGGUCCGGGACGGUGUGGUAUUGGAACCUUUCCGGUUGGAACACAACCUCGCCGUCAGUAAUCACGUCUACCACCUGCGACCGUCGGUACAUCAGACCCUCAUGUGGAGGUCAGACCUGGAGCUGCAGUUCAAGUGUUACCACCACGAGGACCGACAGAUGAACACCAACUGGCCUGCCUCCGUCCAGGUCAGUGUCAACGCCACGCCCCUGACCAUCGAGCGAGGCGACAACAAGACGUCCCAUAAACCCUUGCACCUGAAGCAAGUGUGCCAGCCCGGCAGAAACACCAUCCAGAUCACCGUCACUGCCUGCUGCUGUUCGCACCUGUUUGUGCUGCAGCUGGUCCACAGGCCUUCAGUCCGCUCCGUCCUGCAAGGGCUCCUGAAGAAGAGACUCCUGCCUGCAGAACACUGCAUCACCAAGAUUAAGAGAAACUUCAGCAGCGUAGUGGCCUCGUCGGGUAACACCAGUCUAAACGGGGAGGACGGCGUUGAGCAGACCGCCAUCAAAGUCUCCCUCAAAUGUCCAAUCACCUUCAGGCGCAUCCAGCUGCCCGCCAGGGGGCAUGACUGCAAACACGUACAGUGUUUUGAUCUGGAGUGGUAUCUGCAGCUGAACUGUGAGAGGGGAACGUGGAGGUGUCCUGUGUGCAAUAAAACUGCAUUGUUAGAGGGUUUAGAGGUGGACCAGUACAUGUGGGGAAUCCUCAAUGCCAUCCAGAAUUCGGAGUUUGAGGAGGUGACCAUUGACCCAACGUGUAGCUGGCGGCCGGUGCCCAUCAAGUCUGACCUCCAUAUUAAAGAAGACCCUGAUGGACCGCUGGCCAAACGCUUAAAGACAAUGAGCCCCUCCCAGAUGACCAUGCCCAACGUCAUGGAGAUGAUUGCCCAGCUGGGCCCUGGCCCCUCCCAUUACCCAUCAGGCCCUGCUCAGCACGGGGGAGGCGGCACCGGGGGAAACCCAGGGGAGUACGGUGGCCCCAGAGGCCCAGGCAACAAUUACCACGGCCACGGGAACUUUGACUUCCCCCACGGUAACCCCUCAGGCGGGGGAGGAGGAGGAGGUGGUGGACUGAGAGGGGGAGGAGGAUCCCCCAUGAGUGACUUUAUCCACCCCCCUCAGCUGUCCCACCUCCCAGACGUUCCUGUGGUUCUCCUAUCCCAGGACAAGCCCCUCAGCCACGGCAUCAACGACCCCAUGUCUCAUCCUUCCACCACUGAUCAGCACCAUAAUUCCAUGCAACAGCAGAGUGCACACGUGCCUCCUCACCCCAACAGCCAGGCGUUACAUCACGGUGGCAGCCAAGCAGGGCAGUCGUUACAUCACAGCAGCCAAUCGUUGCAGCCUCCUCGCCAGCAGGCCCCAACUCUCCAACAGCAGCAAGGCCAGAACAGCCGCCCGCAUGGCGAUUUGAACUUUAACCACUCGUCCUCGGGCAUCGAAGGUCAAAUUAGUGGUGACAUGCCUGAGCCCUCCCUAGAUCUGCUUCCAGAGCUGGCCAACCCAGACGAGCUCCUGUCCUAUCUGGAUCCUCCAGACCUCCCCUCCAACAGCAACGAUGACCUCCUCUCCCUCUUCGAGAACAAUUAACCUUUCACCUCACUCGAGCCUAACCCGAACCUUCUCCACAGACAGACACACACACCACAGGGUGUGUCCAACCAGCUGGACUCUCCAUAGAGUCCAUAGACACACCGUCGUCCUCAUAUGGACUGGUAGUGGGGACAUCGUCAAGUGUCACCCACACACACACACACACACACACAAAGACGUGUAGGUGGCAUAGGAGCAACGCUGAGGUCAUCUGUCAAAACAUGAGGUGAUGAUGAGGAUGACAGGGAGUGGACACUGUGUGUGACAGAGUUAGGAAACAGGAAAUGCACUCAUGACCUCACUUCCUCUUCCUCACACACACUCUUCCUAGUGUAAAGACUCUUUACACUGCUCCGCUGCGGAGCUCCUCCGGCCGACAACAUCGACGGCCAUGUCGGUUGUCUACCCCUUCAGUGAUAUUUUGUCUUUUCCAACUUAAACUGUGCAGCUAAUAAUCACGUUCUAUGUGUAUGAUGUCACACAGGCUGAACUCUCUGUGUGAGCUUUUAGGGGAAAGUGUUGUAGCAUUUUGUAUCGUCCUUAUUUCCCCCUUAUACAAAAAAAAGGAAAAGAAAUACAUGAAUGGGGAAGAAAAGUCAUCUUCUUGUCCUAGCCAGUGUUUAUAUCUAUCCUCUUUUGACAUGUGUUCUUCCAAGCCCUGACCCCCUGAGACCACAGCCUUUAACCCCUGACCUUUGACCUACAGUGUGUUCUUAUAACCUCUGAUCUUUAGCUCAUAGUGUGUAUUUCCAAGGGGACGUCCGUCAUCACUGGGUACGUACCAUCCAGUCUAACUGAAGCACAACCGACAGUGGGUCACACCACACCACAUGGCAGGCAGAGCACUGGGAGGAGAGACCAAGGCCUGUGGAUGAGGAUCCUAACCUAGCUAGCUAGCUAGCCCACCCAGUCUACAUAAGAAUCAGCACUGUUAACUCUAUUCAGUCUGUCUAUCGCCCCCCUCCAAUGUUGUUCAAGUUUCUCUUCCCUGGUGUUACAGUACAAUGCCAUAUCGGACAGUGGGCUAUGCAAAAAUAAGUUUUACAAAAACAUUUGUUUUGGCUUAGAAUGAUGGAGAAGUGUGUGUGUGUGUGUGUGUGUGUGUAUGUGCAAGAGAAAGAGUGAGGAUGAGAGUGAUAGAAAAAGAGAAGUAAAGAGUCCGUCCCUGUUUAGUCUAUCAUAGAGACACAGCUAGUGUUGCAAAAGAUAGUCAGCCAUUCUAAUAGAGCCAGAUCCCUCUUUACCGUGAGUCUUCCUCUGUUCUACAGGCCUGCAAUUGCUCCUGUAACCAUACUGUGUGGUGUUAAGAAGUGCAUGUGUGCCAAUGGUCUCUGUUCUAGAUUAGCCAGAAACAUUCUAGCCAUUGCAUUUUUUUAUCAUGAUUUUAUUUUACAUUUUCUUGCAAAGGAAUGAUUUUGGCUAAUGGUAAUGUAUUGUCCAGCUUUUUUCUUUUCAUGUUUGUUUCAUUUCUACUGUUCAUUGGGAAAUGGCCAUGCGUGAUGCAUCACCAAAGUUAUCCUACAGUUUGUAGAAGGAGUUAGCUUGGACAUCUACUAUAAUGUAAGAAUAAUAUGGUCUAAGGCACUGCAUCUCAGUGCUAGAGGCGUCACUACAGACCCUGGUUAGAUUCCAGGGUGUAUCACAACCGGUCGUGAUUUGGA